AUGAACGCCCGCGAUUUCAACUUCGAAAUCGCCAUGGACGGCAGCCAAGUGGACGAAGUUGUCGCCAGUAUAUUCCACACGGUUCUAUUCCACCGGUCCAGUGGCAAGUUCACGUACAAUAACGAGGAGAGCUACUCCAUCAGGACUGUCAACUACGUGGACGUGGACUGCGACUUCAUAGACUUCACUUAUGUCUGCUGCGCGUCCGAGACGCUCGUGCGCAAGCUCAAACGCGAGAUAUCGAUAUUCUCGAAGCUCCUGCGCGCAAUAGACGGCCGGCCGUCGCCAGCGAAGGGCGAAAUUAGCCUCGAGUUCUUCCAGAAACACCGGACCCGAUGGUUCCUACCCACCUACGUACCGGUGCCUUGGGAGAUUUGGCGCGUCAGCUGCGAACUGACCGAGUCCGGCGGCGACCAAGACAUGCACAAGCACGAAAGCGUCGUAGAAAUGCUGCAGGACCAAAUCGUCUUCAUUACGGAAAUAAUCAAUCGUCACGAGUACGUUCCCAAAAUGCCGAACCGGUCGGACGCGGAUUUGAUCUUUGAUACGUCGUACCCAGAUAUUCAGCCUUAUCUCUUUGCGAUAAAGUAUAAAUUGCCAGAGACCGAGUCGAAUACGGUCAGCAACACAGUGCGGAAGCUUAUACGGGAUACGCUAGCUUUGUGA